AUGCGUCGACCAACAAGCGAUGUGAGACAACGUGAUGCCCGUCGGUCCGCAGUGAUGGAGCAAAAUAACGCAAGACGGCGUAACUCUAGCGUUCCGUUUAACAACUCUAAACAGGAUAAAUCACGCCUCUCUCAAGAUAGCGAGACAGACUUUUUAUGCGAUCGGGCAGUAGAGUUUAUGGAGUCCGGCGAUAUUUGCAGCAUCGUGACGGUAGAAUUGGCUGAACAGAGUGCUUACUUCGAGAGGCUACUUCGAUAUCAUAGAGGUCGAGGCAUUAUACGACUGCCUGAAUUCCUCAAUGCUGGUUUUAAUUCUGUGGUUGAGUACAUCAGACGCGGCUCUACUUCUAUUACUGCAGACAACAUUUAUGACGUGUUUAUUGCCGCCGAUUAUCUUUUGGUACCAAGAUUAAAGGAAGAGUGCGCAAAUUACAUUCAGAAACUUUCAAAUGACCCCUCGACGGCAAUUAAUCUCUGGCUGACAGGACGAUUGCUCUUUUGGCCAGAGAUUGGCGAUAUGGCAUUUCAAAAAAUUUUGGAAAAUUUUGAAAAUGUGUGGCCAUCCGAAGAUUUUCUUCAAAUGGAGGCUGACGAUGUCGAAUCCAUUAUAAAAAAUGAUGCACUCAAUUGUAAAAAUGAAUUGACGGUCUUUUCUGCUGUCAUGAAGUGGAUAUCGUGGAACCCAUCGGGGCGAGUCGACGUAGCACUAAAACUCCUUUGGAAUGUGCGCCUAGGCAUGGCACGUAAUAGCGAUCUUGAAAAGAUGAAAAACCAUGAGCUUCUAACCACUGUGCCAGAUUUUGCACAAACAGUAUUGGAAUGGCCCAACAGCAUAUAUUCAUUGAUGGACCGCCUAGACGAAACUCAAAAGCUAAAUUUGACUAGGCCCAGAACACCACACGAAGUACUCUGUGUAUUUGGUGGAUGGUGCGAUGGCGAGGGUCCACGUGCAGCGGCCCAGAUUUUUAGUCCUUGCAGCAACUCCUGGACUUUGUGGACUGAAAUGGGCUGUCAGACGCAGAGUCCCCGCUAUGAGUGGUUAGACAACCUUCAUCCUGACGCUUCAAACGUCACCUGUUUGGGAACUGAUAGCUCGCCUUCGGCAGCCCAUCCUUCGGGUGAACUUCCCGACGGACUCUACCGGUGCGAAGAGCGACUUAUUGGGGCGAAUGAGAUCUCUUGCCUCAUAGGUGAAAUUCCACGAAGGGUGUAUGCAGGCUGUGUAUUGGUACGAAAUCGGGUCUACUUAGUCGGUGGAUUCGAUGGAACGAAUGCGCUUAAAUCUACUCUCUGCUAUGACUUCGAAUUGGAUUCGGGAUGGUAUGAAAUUAGUUGUAUGUACGAGAAGCGAUAUUAUGUCAGCGUGGCCUACGCCUCUCGCUAUAUUUACGCAUUAGGAGGACAUAAUGGAGAAAACCAAGGCCGUCUGGAUACAGCGGAGCGCUACAACCUGGAUGAGAAUCUCUGGCAGCCAAUUGCUUCCAUGAAUCGUAUUCGCAGUGACGCCGCAGCAGCAGAGCUUUACAAUCGCGUCUACGUGGCAGGUGGUUUCGAGGGGCGCAGGUACCAUGACUCUGCCGAAUACUAUGAUGCUGACGCGAAUCAGUGGACCCUCAUAAGUCGCAUGCAUUCCCCCAGAGGUGGCAUAUCUCUUGUGGCGCAUGAGGGUUAUAUCUAUGCUAUUGGUGGCAAUGAUGGAAACACUAGGCUCCGUAGCAUCGAACGCUUCGAUCCUACUACAGGAAAGUGGGAGAUAGUAGGACAGAUGAAUCGAAGAAAGAGCAACCUCUCAUCUGCUGUACUCGGCGAUGACAUCUACAUCAUCGGUGGGUGGUCAGAUGAGCCAGAAGCGGGUAUUCUCAGUUUGGUGGAAAGGUUUGACACAAAGACACGCGAAUGCAUAGAAAUUCGCCCUUUGACCUUCCCUGCUAGUGCAACUUGUGCCUGUACUCUGAAGAAUCAAAGGCUUGUUGCUAAGUAUGUGAAUCCACAGCCGAAAGGCAGUCAUACAACCCAAGCGUCAACCGAAGACACGGCUCCAGUGCAGAAGGGAUUUACCGCUGACUCACGUCCUUCAGGCACUCCCACAAACCAGCGGACGAUGUCACCAUCCGAGACCAACACCAACAUAAAUCACGACUUGAUGAGCUUGAUGAACAGUUCAAAUGCCAAUACACCUCAGUUGCCCUACAACUCCAGCUCAAACAACUUCUACUACGAAGAGAUGCAGCUAGACAGUCAAGAUUCCCAAAUGGACCAUACAACUAAUUUUAUUACUAGUGAUCUUGAGGAGAGCAGCUAUCCCUCUGUGCCGUCAUCUGCAUCGACGGGAUCCUCACCAUGCUCUUCGCCCCACCUCACUACGUUGCUUCCAUUGGCAUCAGCCUAUCAGCCCCUCACGGAGGGCGCUGAGAGAUCAAAGGCAAUGAGUCGCGUGCCUAAAGUAUAUUCAAAAACCUUCACAACUCCUCGUCGUCCUUAUGAAAAGGAGCGUCUGGAUCAGGAGUUGAAGAUCAUCGGUCAGUAUGGGUUGAGGAAUAAGCGAGAGGUUUGGCGUGUCAAAUUAGUCCUUGCUAAGAUUCGCAAAGCGGCUCGUGAAUUACUGACUCUCGAUGAACGUGAUCCCCGGAGAUUGUUCGAGGGUUCUGCGCUUCUAAGGCGUUUGGUUCGUGUUGGGGUACUUCCCGAAGACAAAAUGAAGUUGGACUUCGUCUUGGGCCUCAAAAUUGAAGAUUUUCUUGAGCGUCGACUCCAAACACAAGUCUACAAAAUGGGUCUUGCACGGUCGAUUCAUCAUGCUCGUGUUCUGAUUCGUCAGCGACACAUUCGUGUUCGUAAACAGCUUGUUGAUUGUCCAAGCUUCAUGGUGCGUCUUGAUUCUGCCAAGCAUAUCGACGUGAGCCUCAAUACCGCUGCUGGCAAGCUUGGACGUGUUGCUCGUAAGAAGGCCAAGAAGAGCGGCAAUGGUGAUGAAGAAGAGGACGAGGAGUAA